CGCUGUACAUAUUUCUGCUGUUUUCACAGUACAUACCCAUUUCUUUUUUUUUUUCUCACUGCUCCUCACUUCCUCCAUCAUCUCCUUUUUCGCACACACAUCGUACGAGGUCCACCAGCGGCGACAAACCCCAUCUUACUACUGCCGUCAUGACGACCGCAAUCGCCAAAUAUGCCGCCCAGAAGAUGCUGUCCAAGGAGAUGGACAAGUACAAGAGCAAAAAAGUCGAAGGCCCCUACGACCCUUACUAUGAGGAGAUUCCCCACCCCCGUAAGCCUGGAAAGUUCAAGAAGGUCAAGAAGCAAAUUCCUACCUACAUUCCCCAAGGCGACGCCAAAAUCCUAGCCAAAGCAAGAAAGUCCGCCUAUCGCCUCGACUUUGCCCUCUUCAACUUCAUGGGUAUCCGCUUUGGCUGGUCGUCCGUCGUCGGUAUUGCGCCCGUCGUCGGUGAUGCAACCGCAGCGCUGAUGUCCUUGAAUUUGAUCCGCCUCAUGUGCAAUGUCGAGGGUGGCUUGCCCUGGCAGACCAUCAUUCACAUGUUCAUAUACAUGGCCAUCGACUUCGGUAUGGGUCUCGUCCCUGUCCUGGGUGAUCUCGCGGAUGCCGCGUACAAGUGUAACGGCAAAAAUGUGCGUUUACUAGAGAAACACCUCGACAAGAGAUAUAAGCCUAGCGAACUCGUGGAGCGAGAUGAAGAAUACGAAAGGAGGACUAAGAGGAAAUCCGUCCCGCCCGCUACCGUAUACGAGGACUUCUCCGACGAAGAAGAAGAACGCCGCGCUGCCUUUGAUGAUCGCUACGACGAUGUCCGCAGACCUGCUCGCGCGCAUUCUGGUCAAAGGGAGAGGAUCCCCGAUGAAGAAAUGGGUCUUCCCCGCCAUGGGACCCACAAGUCGCAAAAGCCCAGACGCGAUGAUACCAGGAGGAGUCGCAGGUGA